AUAUAAGGCAAGUGAGCUGCAGAGAUGACAUUUAAUCAUCUCUCAGAUUUGCUCAGAAUGAAGGGUCCAGUGGGUCAGAUGGUGCUGCUGCUCUGCUUGUCAACAGUGAUGGCUCAAACGCCUGACCCAUCCAUCGCUGCUAUCUGGAAUGAACUGAAAAUGCUUAAAGACACGGUUCAUGACAUGGGCACCGUGGUGGUGGAGCAGAGGGUAGAGCUGAGGAGCCUGGAGACCCGAGUGAGAGACACCGAGCUUCAGGCGGAGGAGGAGAGGACCAAAGUCGUGCUUCUGACUUAUGAGCUGAGGAACGUGUUAAAGGAGGUGGAAGAGCAGAGAGCAGAGCUGGUGGUCGCCAGGAACAAGAUGGCUGAGCUGGAGAGGGAAAAUGCAGUGUUAUCAGCAGAGCUGGGAGGUGUUGGACAGAGAGUGGCAGCCGGUGAGAAAGACCUGGACAAUCAGAGCAGAGAAGUGGCUGCUCUAAGAGGAGCGUUAAGUACCACUGAGACUCAAGUGCAACUGCAGAGCAUAAUUGUGGAGGACCUGGAGAAAUCAAAAACAGAGCAAGAAACCAGAUUAAAUGCCAUGGACUCCAGAGUGACAGCCAAUGAAAAAGGAGCAGAGGAGCAGAAGGUGGAAGCAGUGACUCUGAGAGCGGACCUGAACAGCACCAUGACUGAACUGCAGCUCCAAAGCAAAGACAUACAGCUACUGCAGAAAGAGACUGCAGGAAAGAUUGCUUUCUCUGUUGGCUUGAACAGCGCGGUGGGACCGUUCAACACAGACACCCAUCUAAAGUACAGCAAAAUCUUUACCAACUUCGGUGAUGCUUAUAAUCCUUCAUCAGGCAUGUUCGUUGCACCAGUCAGAGGAGUCUACUACUUCAGAUUCACUGCGUUUGGUAACCGCAAUGGGGAAUAUUACGGUCUUCAACUUUACCACAAUAACCAGAGAGUAAUGUGGAACUGGGAAUACAACGAUAACGAAGGUCAUAUUUACUUCUCCAAUGCAUUAACUAUUCAGUUAAAUGAGGGAGAUCUGGUUUACAUGAAGCUUCCCAAUGGAUAUGGUCUUUUUGAUAGUAAAGAUAACCACAACACUUUCAGUGGCUUCUUACUUUUCAGUGUGUAAGUGACGGCUGAGUCGUGGUUACAUUAUGCUGCUUGCUUAUAUGAUGAACCAAGACAUGAAUAAAUAGUAAAUAAUCAUCUGUUGA